CCAAACAAAGUUUAAUCGACAGACACAAAGCGCCACCGAGUAGUCUCACAUAGCAGUUUCGCAGGGACUUUUUAUCUUCUCUUCUCCUCUUCUUCUCUUUACCAAAAUUCACUGCACUCUCUGCAAAUAUAGACACAUACAAACUGCAAAUACGAUCGGUUACUACUAGAGAUAGAUCAAUCAGUCAAUCAUGGGUUCCCCUAACUCACAGCAAUCAACCGAGGUUUGAUUUUUUUUCUCUCUUCAUAUCUCUCAUGGAAUGGAAAGGAUUUUCAUCUGAUUUGUAUUUCUAAUCGCUUGUAGCCAGUGUUAAUAGAAUCUGAAGAUUUUCGUGCUAUGAAUCCUGUCAUGUACUUGACUGGGUACUGGGAAUUUCUAGGGUUUUGACACUUUUUGAGUUGACUACGAAUUUGAUCUUGCUGCUGCUGCUUCUUCUUUAUUGUGACAUUGUGAACUCUUUCUAAUCAAAACAUUUCAAAGGGUAUACAUAUAUAGCGAGAGAUUGGUAAAUAGAUUGCGGAAUCAAUUGAAUUAGCUGCUUUUCUCUCUGGUAACUAAGAAAUAUGCAAUCUAGAAGGAAUGAAGAGUAUGUUACACUAUCUCCGGCAUCUAAGCUAAGGAAUCAACACAGAUAUGAAGUAGGACAUAACUCGUAUCCAGUAUCUCGUCGUGAUGCUGUGGAUCGGUCUCCCCGCGUGCAGCAGAGGAGUUUGAGUCCACGUAGUAAAAUUGAUGGGUCUAGAAGGAUAUUACUAAGAGAAGGAAGAAGUGGUCCAAUUGAAAGGAGGGACUAUAGUUGGCAUCUUGGUGCAGGAAGGAAUGAAAAUAUCCGCUCUGGUUCACCCCAUUUUGUACCAGAGCUUAGAAAGCCUCACUUUGAUGAGGGUGUUAUGCGGAGGAAAUAUGAAUAUGCUGAUGAUAUUGAUUAUGAUGAUGUUAAAAGUAAUAGACUACAGCAUGUUUAUGGGUAUGAUCAUCAUGGUGAAUUUUCUAGAAUGAGUAAAGAGAAGGAUUAUGAUCGGAACAGGAUUGUUGAUAUUGAUAGGCAUAUGAUGGUGGCGCCAAAAUCAAUGCCCAUGGAAGAUGGCACUAUUAGAGGGUUGCAUCGGGUGCCUACAGAUUUCAUUCCCACAUCAAACUAUGGGAAAACUGCUGAGCACCUACAAUUGCCAUCCCGAGGUAUGGAUAUGAGUCAAUAUGAACAUGAGAAAAUUAGGCAUCGGAAGCCAAUUUCUCCAGAUAAGAUGCCAGAAAUGGAAUUCUACAAAGAAGGGGAGCAACCCUUGUUUGGCUCAAGGGAUGAUUCAUAUGCCAUUAAGCCAGCUUCUCACUCCAAGGAUUUUGGGAGAAGUCAUUUCAAAGAUUUUGCUGGCCAGUCUUCAGGUGUUUCAAGUAGUGAGUUUCUAAGUUCUCAUAGGGAAGGCAUGCCCAUGUCAGCUUCUGAUGAAUAUCCAAGGAACGGUGUGAAACUAACAGAACCUAUGGAUUUAAGCACAUAUAGUCAAAGGUCAUCUGUAGGUAUAAGAAACCUCGAAACUGGUAAGAGAAUUAUGCCAAGUUAUGCGCAUGGGGCCUACAGCCCUGACAGGAUUGAACACAAUGAUUAUGUUUACCCUAAAUCACAGGGAUUACUGAAUGAUGACAAUAUGUAUCCAUCUGAAUUGCACAGAAUGAUGCCGUCACGAUCUCAGUUGGAUCACGUGCAAGCUCGAGCAGAUUUUGAGUAUGGAGAAUUAUCAAGAAUGAGUAUUGUGCACUCUGUUGCAGAUAAGAUCGAUCCUACAGAGAAUUCUUACAGAAACAUGCGAAAUAGUGACACAUGGGACCAUACUAUGCCCAAGCAGGCAGCUAUGGAGAACCUUGACACAAGUAGAAUAUUAUACUCCACAAAGCAUAGUGGGGAAUAUUUGGAUUCUGAGUAUAAUCAAGUUGAAUUUGGAAGGAGAGUCUCACGAAAUAGUGAAACAUCUCAUUUGGGUAUAACACAGGAUCACCAAAUCUCACAUUUGAGAUCAAAUUAUGGGUUUGGAAGAGAUGCAGGUCCACAAUUUGAAAAAGAAAGAUUACACGAUCCAGUUAUGUCCUUGUAUGAAUUGGAGAUGCAAAAAUUUCCUGUCAAAAGACACAGAAUUAAGGAGGAGCUUGAUAUAUAUGAGCCAUCAGAUAAAGUGCAUAAACGACAUUGCAGGGAGGAAAAUGUCAAUAGGCAUGAUCCCAGAACUAUUUUGCCAAGCAAACAGUAUAGACCACAAGUAUAUGACGAUGAAUAUGGCAGUGGUGAGGAGUGGAUUGAGGGAAAUCUAACUGCCUUACAUCCAUCCAGGACUAAGAGAUUUGACCAAAAUGCAUACAGAAAAGCUAAGAGGACAUAUGAUGGGCAUGAACACCGUGGAGACUUUGCAUCCGAGGAGUGGUUGUCUUCUCAAGAUUCUUUAGCACAAUCGCGAAAGCAUUCAAUUAGAUAUUAUAAACCAAGUGUGAAAUAUUUGAAGGGCCAUCCAAGAUCUGGUUCUUUAAGCUGGCAUAACUCACACCAGACUGAUAAAAGAAGUGGUAUUCAAAGAAAGCACAGAACUUGGAAAAGAAGUGAUGAGUAUGAUGAGGAUGAGCAGUCAAAUGAUCAUGAUCUAUCAGAGGAUUGGGGGAAAAUGGCGGCCUCAGAGCCCUGUGAGGACUCUGAGGAAUUUAAGCAACUGGUUCAUGAAGCCUUUUUAGAAUAUUCUAAAAAAUUAAAUUUGAACUCGGCAGUUCGAAGAAGAUACAAGGAGCAGGGAAAAGCGGGUAGUUUGUUCUGCAUCGUAUGUGGCAGAAGUGCGUCAAAAGAUUUCUUGGACACCCAACGGUUGGUAACACAUGCCUUCAUGUCUCACAAGGUUGGGUUGAGAGCACAGCACUUGGGUCUUCACAAAGCUAUAUGCAUUUUGAUGGGAUGGAAUACAUAUGUGCCUUGUGACACACAAACAUGGAUUCCAGAUAUAUUGCCUGACACAGAAGCUUGGGCUCAGAAAGAGGAUUUGAUGCUCUGGCCUCCACUUGUUAUCAUCCAUAAUAUAUCUAUGUCAAACGACAAUCCGGAACAACAGAAAGUUAUACCAAUUGAAGGUGUUGAAGCUUUUAUAAGAGGCAAAGGUUUUGCUGGGGGAAAAAUCAAGGUAUGCCUAGGUAAGCCUGCUGACCAAAGUGUUAUAUUGGUAAAGUUUUUGGGCACAUUUACUGGACUUGGUAAUGCAGAAAGACUUCAUAAAUAUUUUGCUGAGAAUGAACAUGGUAGAGAAGAAUUCGAGCGAAAAACUUCCAACAGCAGCAAUGUUUCGGAAGCAGGGAUAGAGGGGGAUAAGUUAGAGGAGCAGCUUCUAUAUGGGUACAUGGGCAUAGCAGAUGACUUGGACAGACUGGACUUUAAUACCAAGAAAUGGAUUACAGUGAAGAGCAAGAAAGAUAUUGAGGACCUGGAGAAUGCUCCUGUUAAAACUGAUGAUAGGUAGUCUCUCAAUGAUAGAUUUAAAGAGUGCCCCUACUCAACCAGCCGAUGCUCUGGUUGGAUUCCUCUGCCGACUUUGACAACUACUAACUUAUAAGUGUUGAUUGCAUGUAACAAAGAAGAUACCAAAAAAAACUUUGCUAUGGAGAGGGAAUUUAUGUGCAAAAGUUUGCUAUAUUAGUUAUAGCCAGAUGCUAUUGUAAAGCUUUGUACACGGAUUUAACUUCAAAUAGCUCUGUUAUGAUACUUUUUAUUUAGAAAAAAAACCAAUAUGUAAUAUAUUUUAUGAUAUUGCCUCUUGCACUUAUUCUGUUA